UGCUCUCUUUCUCUCUCACACACACACGCACUAUUUUCUCUAUCAAAAAACGCGACUCUUUCUCUCUCUAGAAAGCGAAAAAAAGGAUUAUUUCGAAACGGAUCCAAUUCCAAAUAACGAAACUGACCCCAAAAUAAUUAAAAAAUAGCCCCAAAUUGUUUUUUACCCCCAAAACCGAAUAGGAACCCUAACCCUAGCCGCAACCGAGAACGAAGCAGAUGCGUUCAAUCUCUCUUCCCCCUCCGCGCUUCUUCUCCUUUUCUCUCUGUUAGAGCCUGUAUUUCGUAGGACGGGGAUUGAAUUUUUCGGAAAUCGUUUUUAUUUAGGGUGAAAUUAGGAUUUUAGGGCUUGUUGUUGUUGGGAAUGGUAUGGUGCAAGGGCGGCGGUAGUGGAACGCGAUGACUGGCGGCAGAUGCCAGAGGCGGAGGAAGGGGAUGGCCGGUGGUGGUAGGGGCGCCGCCCAGGCGAAGGUAAUUGGUUCGAAUUGCGGCAGCCCUAAUUUGAAGCGGGAAUUUACGGAAAAGCCCUCGUAUUCUUUGGAAUUUACGAAAUUGCCCCCGGCUUGUAGAGUUGAGCUUGGUUUGUAUGCUCAAGCUUUCAAGGCGCUGUCGUUUCGUUCCCCCUUUGAUUCGGAGGACUCUCAAGUGCCCACCGCGUUGGUUUCUAGUGGGAACAGUUUACCUAGUGGGGUGUCGCAUUUGUUGAGUAGGCAAUCGGAUAGUAGGAAACGGCACAAGAAGUUGCACUCGAGCUCGGAGCACAAGAAGUCCUCGGCCUCGGGGAGGUCUCGGGGGAACAACUUUUGGGCGGAGAAUGAGGAAUAUUUUCGUGAAUUGACUGCUGAGGAUGUCGAGAGGCUUCAGAGGGUUUCGAAUGUUGGGUGUUCGAGCAGUGAGAAGUGUUUCUUAGUCCCGGCUUUGGAUAAUGAUGAAAGUUUGUGUAACCGAUAUGGCAUGAUCAAUAGGAUGCUUUCAAGAGCCUGUGAGGACAGCUUGAACUUGGAAAAUAGUGUUGAGUUGAACCCGGGUGUGAAGAUUGAGAAAGAAGAGAAUGGGCCUUGUUCUAUGGAUAUUGUUGAUGAUGAUGAAGUCGAAAGAAAGGAAUUGGAAAUUAUUGAAGAAAAUGGUGCUGACGAAAGACUGAAUAGCGAGGAAGUUACUACUUCUUGUAGUGGUGUAGAAUGGCUUCUAGGUUCAAGGAACAGGAUUUAUUUGGCAUCAGAGCGGCCCUCCAAGAAACGAAAGCUUUUCGGGAAAGAUGCUGGGCUGGACAAGCUCCUUGCAGUACGUCCAGUUGAAGGUUUAGAGUCUGUGUGCCAUUAUUGUAGUUAUGGUGACAUUGGCGACCUCUUGAAUAAGUUGAUCAAGUGUUCUUCUUGUGGGAUGGUGGUGCAUCAAAAGUGUUAUGGAGUUCAAGAAGAUGUAGAUGGUUUGUGGUUAUGCUCAUGGUGUAAAUGGAGGAAUAUUGUGGACAUGAGUGUAGAGAAACCAUGUUUACUCUGUCCAAAGCAAGGUGGUGCCCUGAAACCUGUGCUGGAAAGAGGACUUGGAAACGAGAAUGACGAGUCUAAGUCGAAGUUCGCUCAUUUAUUUUGUUGCCUGUGGAUGCCUGAGGUUUAUCUUGAUAACAUUGGUACAACGGAAUCUAUCAUUAAUAUGGAAGAAUUGAAGGACACAAGAAGGAAGAUAAUUUGUUAUUUGUGCAAGGUUAAGCACGGUACCUGUGUCCGAUGCAGCAAUGGAUCGUGCAGAGCAUCGUUCCAUCCUAUUUGUGCAAGGGAAGCAAAACACAGAAUGGAGAUAUGGGGCAAGAUUAGAUCUGAUGAGGUUGAAUUGCGUGCUUUUUGUUCAAAGCAUUCAGAAGUCCAGUCUGACAGUGGCUGUCAAGAUAUUGGGGACAUUCCGUUGACAGCUGAUUUGGAUCUUCGCAAGCUGAAUGAUGUUGUUCUGGAUGGGGAGGACUUGGUAGAUAGUACAAGUUCUGACAAUCACCCAGAAAAUGGAGUUGCACUUCGUACUGCUCUUCAUUCUGCAGAUAGGAAUGGCAAUGAGGGCGUCGAUACUUGCGGUCCUCCCAAUUUCUCUAUGGUUUUGAAGAAGUUGAUCGAUCUAGGGAAAGUUAAUGCUGGAGAUCUCGCCUCAGAGAUUGGUGUUUCUGCUGAUUCUUUAAAUACAGUACUCAAGGAAAAUCACAUGGUUCCUGAGUUGCAAUAUAAAUUACUUAAAUGGUUGAAGACCCAUGUUCAUGUUGGUAACCUACAAAAGACUUUGCAAGUGAUGAUUAGAUCAUCUUUAGGAUCAAAGCCCAUGCUAGGUGUAGCUGAAGGUGUUGGUGAUGUUUCAAUAGAGGAGUCUGAUAUCUCUGACGCUGUUCCAGUUAAAUCUGUGCCACCUCGGAGAAGAACCAAAAGCAGUGUGUGGACUAUGAAAGACGAUAACUCAUGCCUUUCAACUGACAAGACUCACAACGAAACAACUGAGGGCGAUGCCUGUCUAUCUCUUCUUGUUGGAGAACACUCCAAUGACGUGCUAAGUGACUCCUGGCCGGAUGAGUCCAAAACGGUUUUGCCCGGUCCUCAGCAACAGCAAGAUAAUUCAGCAAAUAAUUCUGUCAAAAUUGAAGACGAGCUCAGAGCUCUAGUGCAGUGUCUCUCUGAAGAUGAUCUGGUUGGGGAAACCAAACAAUCUCAGACGAUGGAUGCCUGUUCACUCGUUUUCAGAAAUGGGGAAGUAAACCAUGCUUCAUACAUCCAUCCAUUUAUCUACUGUAAAUUGAUGCAGACCAAGAGUGACAUGCUUGAAAAAGUUGUAUCCGACCAGUCUGCAGUUUUGAGAGAUCGGGAAGUUUCGCAGAUGAAAGUAUCUUCCAGUUCAGGUCUUGGUUGCAAUAUUGAUAACCGUCCAGCUACAUCUUCUGACCAGACUACCAGUUGUGAGGGUUUGAAUAUUGAUCAAUUGGCCAAGGCAAGAAACCUGGGUAUAUUAAAACUAUCUCCUGGAGAUGAAGUGGAAGGAGCGCUUAUAUAUUAUCAACAACAGCUCAUUUGCAAUGCUACUAUGAGAAAACGAAUAAGUGAUGAUUUGAUUUCAAAGGUUGUUAGGAGUCUUCCACAGGAGUUAGAUGCUGCAGGAAAACAAAAAUGGGAUGCUGUUCUGGUUAGUCAGUAUAAUCUUGAGCUUAGAGAAGCCAAAAAGCAGGGAAGGAAAGAACGUAGGCAUAAAGAAGCUCAAGCUGUACUGGCUGCUGCAACUGCUGCAGCUGCAGCUUCCUCUAGAAUAUCAUCACUUAGGAAGGACACACUAGAAGAUCAACAUGAGGAUCUUCAUAAGAAUGGUUCAUCUGAUGUAAGACCUGGGUUCUACUCCAAGCUCAAUCCUCGAGCAAAAGAGACUACUUCAAGGGCUGCUGUCGUGAGGUCUUCAUCUGAUGUGAACUCGGAUUCUGCCCGGUCAACUUCUGAGUUCUUGAAAGACCAUCCUAGGACAUGUGACGUAUGCAGACGUCCAGAGACUGCCUUGAAUCCUGUUUUAGUUUGUUCAAGUUGCAAGAUUACAGUUCACAUGGAUUGCUACUGUAGUGAUAGAAGUGCCACUGGGCCAUGGCACUGUGAAUUGUGUGAGGACUUAUUUUCUUCUCGGGGUUCGGGAGCUCUGGCAACAAAUUCUUGGGAGAAGCCCUACUAUGUUGCCGAAUGUGGUCUAUGUGGAGGCACUGCAGGUGCUUUUAGAAAGUCAGUUGGUGGCCAAUGGAUACAUGCCUUAUGUGCUGAAUGGGUUUUAGAGUCAACAUACAAAAGGGGACAAGUCAGUCCUAUUGUGGGCAUGGAUAAUGUGUCUAGGGGAUGUGAUACUUGCACUGUUUGCCGUCGAAAACAGGGUGUUUGCCUUAAGUGUAGUUACGGUCACUGUCAAACCACAUUUCAUCCUACUUGUGCUAGAAGUGCUGGUUUCUACAUGACUGUGAGGACUAAUGGUGACAAGUUGCAGCAUAAGGCUUACUGUGAAAAGCACAGUGUUGAACAAAAAGCAAAGGCUGACACUCAGAAGCAUGGUGUGGAAGAGUUCAAGAGCCUUAAGCAAGUCAGGGUUGAAUUGGAGAGAUUGCGACUUUUGUGCGAGAGAAUUAUAAAAAGGGAGAAAUUGAAACGUGAAUUGGUUCUUUGCUCUCAUGAUAUUCUUGCUUCAAGUCGAGACUCCGUUUUGUCUAACUUGGCUCGUCAUCCAUUUUACCAACCUGAAGUUAGUUCAGAAUCUGCAACAACCUCCAUCAAAGGUUACACUGAUGGUUACACAAGCAGUGAAAUGAUUCAAAGAUCAGAUGACAUAUCGGUCGACAGCACAGUCGCUGGUAAGAGGCGUGUUAAAAUCCCCAUGACCGUGGAUAACGAUCAGAGAACAGAGGACAGUUCAACAUCGCAGAAUGUCAAUUCUCUGAAACCACCAGAGAGACAGUCUUUUGCUGGGAAGAAAAUCCCCCAGAGACCUUCCGCCAAACCGAGGAAUCCCUCCAAUGACACUGAAAAACGAACGAGAAGUAGAAAACAGCACACUGAAACCUUCGAAAAAGAGCUCAUAAUGACAUCAGACCAAGCAUCCAUGAAGAAUCAGCGGCUACCAAAAGGAUUCGUUUACGUUCCAAUACGAUGCCUAUCCAAGGACAAGGAGACCGUCUCAGAUGCCCGAGCACGAGAACCAGAUGGAACAUAAAAGGUUAGACUUGUUUCGCCUGACACUCUCGUUUUAGAUCUGAGACGUUGCAUCGGCUGAGUCCCGAUGCAUAUCAUCAUCUCCCUGGGACAUUUGAUGCUACACAGGGCAAACAGUAUGGCCCUGUUUAAUGCCGAAAGGGCCGAUUUCACCGGCGCAGAUGAUGAUAGAUCGGAACCAUUGUUGUACAUGCAUGUCAGAGUAUACUGUAAAGUGGGAUUGGGUGUAUUUUUCCCAUUGUAUGUAUGUCCAGCGGCUCAAUUUCUCUGGCCAUCUUAUUUCUUUAUUUUUUACUACCUUUUUAAACUAAAUUAUACAUUUCCUAGUUGGAAAGGGGGCAAUGGAGCUCUGCUGCUUGUAAUAAUUGUACAAAACCAUCUGCCUAUGUUUCUUGUAGUAUCUUGUAAAGUUGUGUAUAUAGUAGUGGUAUCAUGAUUAAAAGAAUCAACGCAAUUUAGUCCAAUUAGAUUCA